UGGUGGGGGAGCUUCCAGAACCUCUUCAGCCUUUUUUUGUCCCGAAAAUACAAAACAUAACCAAACCACCAACAGGCGCAUCCAAGAAGUUGACAGCAGCGACAUAAAAUCACAAACUACCCAAUUGGACCCAUUACAAUAUAUAUUUACCGAUAAUUUCAUACGCAUCAGCAUCAACCCAUCGAUUCGACAAACUUCACAUCAGCAUGGACAACAACGCCCAACCCCAAGGGGGGCACCUACAGCUCCAACCCCAAAUGGACAUCGACAUCCACGAACCCUUCACAACCGCCGAACACAUUCAGCAGCUCAGCAACAUCGACAAUGACAUCGUCUCCCUUCUCGAACUAACCUCCAACGCCCUCCGCUGCCUCGCCUCCCCACCACCCACGUCAUCCGACAACCAGAACCAAACCGAAGCCGAACAACAAAAACAACAAGAACAAGACCAAGAAGACGCAACAACCCGCUUCACCCAGAUCCAAUCCACCUUCCUCUCCACCCUCGACCGCGUCGACAAGCAGCUCCGUCGACAAAUCUACGCCAUGGAAGAAGCAGGCAUCAUCAACCUUCGCUCCUCCUCUUCCAACUCCAAUCCCAACAACCCCGACGACGACGGUACCGGCGGUCCAGGCGAACCAAGCGCUUCCAACAAACCCGGCGGUUACGCGGCCGCUUCUGCACCCAAAAACCCCGGCGAACUCACGCGCCCAGCCAAGAUCGAGACGCACCGCGGCGCCAAGUGGGUGCGGCCCGUGGUGGCACGACUGGACCCGGACGGUGUGGGGAGGUAUGGGAAUCUGGAUGUAGGGAGGAUGAAUAUGGCGAUUGAUACCGUCGAGAGGGAUAUGGAACGGGAGCUGUGGCUGAGGGCGAAGGAGCAUGCGGAGAGGGUGGUGAAGGAGAAAGGAGUUCCUGCUGCUGGUGUUGGGCCGCUUGGUGCAGGUGGUGUGAUUAAGAAGGAGGAGGAAGGAGCGGAUCGGAUGGAUGAGGACUAGAGGUCACUUCCCCUUUUUGGUGCUGGUGGUGGUCCACCGGUGGUUAAUGAGGAUUAGAGGUCUGGUUCCCUUGGUGCUGGUGGCGCUGAGGGCGUGGUUAUUCAAGAAGCAGGAGCAGCAGAGCGAAUGGACGAGGGCUUGAUGGGAGCUGAUCAGAUGGAUGAGGACCGGAUGUCUGAAACCGAGGAAUUCUACACGCCGCCCGAGUCUUUUUGAUUUACUCGGACGUUGCACGACAUGGCAGGAGCGAUUUUCAGGAUUCGUACGACAGGUGGCUUGCUUGGUUGGUUUUUCGGAUGCAUGUCUAUCAGGAGUUUGGGACUUUGAAACAUGAUCGAAUUUGGCAUUACGGUGGGUUUUCAGGCGUUAGGUCGUUGUUCUAGUGAGCUUUACAUUGGGUUGCUGUUGAUAGGAGAUAUCAUUACAUGCAGUCUACACAUCAGUAGGAUUUGAAACUCCAACGAAUGACUGUGUAAGGAGUUCAAUUUUGAUCGAAAC